CCUCUGUGCUCUGUCCACGCACCGUCAGCAGCUGAUGACCACAUCUCUCCAGGCGCGUGUUCCGUCCACCCUGUCCAUUCCCGUCCACCCUUUGCGUCCUGCUCCCAUGUUUUGAGCCCGCUCCGCUCGGAGACAGUUCACCAUGUCCACCGGGUCUCUCAGCGAUGUCGACGACGAGCUCCUGGACGGCAUCCUGAAGUUCGGCUCCUCCGGUAAAGACUCCAACGAGAGCACGGAGGAGAGCUCCAACUGCGAGGGCACUUGCGCCAACGACGCGCCGGGCAAGAAACGGAAGACGGCGUCCCGGAAAACGGCGCCCAAGGGUGUGGCACAGCAGGAGGGCAAGCAUGUGCAGAGGAACGCGGCCAACGCUCGUGAGAGAGCCAGGAUGCGAGUCCUGUCCAAAGCCUUCUCCCGGCUGAAGACCACCUUACCCUGGGUACCGGCGGACACCAAGCUCUCCAAACUGGACACGCUGCGCCUCGCGUCCAGCUACAUCGCGCACCUCCGGCAGAUACUGGCCAACGACAAAUAUGAAAACGGAUAUAUCCACCCCGUUAACCUGACGUGGCCUUUCAUGGUUGCAGGAAAGCCGGACAACGAUUUGAAAGAAAUGCUCAACACAACAAGGUUAUGUGGAACAACUGCGUCAUGACGAAACCAAAGCGGACACUGAUUUUUUUUUUUUUUUUUUUUUUAAUUCAAAGGGGAAAAAUAAAUGUUUUUGUGACUGAACUGCACGCCUCAUCUCCGCAGACUUUGAGUGGGAAUAACGGAGAUCCGCUCUCCUUUUGUUCCCGUAAAGACGAGUUGAAUUUUUUUUUUAUUUAAAUGCAUCCUGUCACCCAUUGUUGUCUUUGCUGGUUCAAAGAUAAACUGCGUGCUUUACAUUGUUUUUUAUACUCUGCAGAUGCAUUUGUAGCUCGUGCAGGCCUGUUUUGGCGGCCGCAUUAUGGAUGGAUGGAUGUGCACAUUUAAAGUGUCCACUGUCUCAAAUGGUUGUACAGAUUACAUGUAUAUAAAAUAUAUUUGUAUCACUUUUA